GUUGGAAGAACCCCUCAGCACCAGCUGAAUCGGUCAGGUAAACAGCGUAUGUAGCUGCGUAAAACUUGUCAUUAUUUUCGUGAGCUUGCUGCGGAAGGUUCCCUUUUCUGUGCAUUUUGAGUGGUUUUAGACAAUUCAACGGUGUUCGAAAUUAAAACUGAAAUAUAUGACGACAUAUGUUACUACACGUGGCAAGAUGAUAGUAAUUAAAACAAACAACAAAGAAUCCUAAUACGUGACGAUCAUACAACAUCAGUUUUACAUCUGUUGGAUCUUUGCGCCGUGUACGAGAGAAGAAAAACGGUGGUGAAAACAAGAAUGAUGCUGCUCGAUUCAAUCGGUUCCGUUUUUUCGGUAAUUGCAUUGAAACCGAUUAUAAUGUUGAUGUUCUUCGUCAUUUUCUUGGCUUCAAUUGGGAAAUCGAUUGGCGUCCGGAGAAUGUACGUGAAUAUGCUCGUUAGAAUCUUUGAGUACGGCCGCCAGAACAUUGAAUCGGUACGUAAGCUGCAGUACAGCAAUUUGAAUUCAUCAGACGUAGACGAAGUGGCUCUCACAACCAAAGAAUUAUCCACCGAUAGCAUCGACCAAUCCAGCAAUUCAGCAAAGAUCAAUAAUGUGACCAAAUUGAACGGAGUUGUGACUCAAAUGGUGAACGGAGAUACCAAUAACGGUAAUUCGGUAAUAAGUCGCGUAGAAUCCCUCAUCCUGCUGCCUGGUGUUGAAAACUGUCCAAGUAAAAACCGUGAUUCGAACCAACAAGAUGAGAUUGAAACUCUUGAGUUCAACUUAUCGAACUGCCUGGAUUAUGUAAAAUCCGGAAUGGAAGCGAUUAUUGAGGAUGAAGUAACGAGUAGGUUUGAAGCCGAGGAGCUGAAAAAUUGGAACCUUCUGACGCGUACAAACAGACACUAUGAAUUCAUUUCGUUGCGACUCACCGUUAUCUGGGUAAUAGGAUUUUUCAUCCGGUAUGUGAUACUCAUGCCCUGCAGAGUAUUCAUUUGCUUCGUCGGAGUUGUGAACUGCGUAGUGGGCUUCGCAAUCGUCGGAUUAAUACCCAAUAAGAAACUUCGAAUAAUGGCAAACGAUUAUGUUUUCAAACAUACUUUUCGUAUAUUUUGUCGUUCGUUGUCUGCGGUUAUCCGCUUCCACAGUAGGGAGUAUAAGCCGAAAAACUGUGGUUUUUGUGUAGCAAAUCAUACGACCCCAAUAGACGUGGCUAUUCUCUCAACUGAUCAUUCGUACUCUCUGAUAGGUCAACGACAUGGAGGCUUCCUAGGAAUUUUGCAAAGAGCUCUAGCAAGAGCGUCUCCUCACAUUUGGUUCGAACGUGCAGAAGCCAAAGACAGAAUGGCGGUAGCCAGAAGGCUUAAGGAGCACGUGUCGGAUCCAACCAAUCCUCCGAUUCUAAUCUUUCCCGAAGGCACUUGUAUUAAUAACACCUCUGUGAUGCAGUUUAAAAAAGGCAGCUUUGAAGUCGGAGGAGUAAUAUACCCCGUGGCUAUCAAGUACGAUGCCCGCUUCGGUGAUGCAUUUUGGAACAGCUCCCGAUUUUCAAUGCUCCAGUAUUUGUAUAUGAUGAUGACAUCUUGGGCGAUUGUGUGCGAUGUCUGGUAUUUACCACCCAUGACUCGGAACGAGGACGAAUCGGCUAUCGAUUUUGCUAACCGUGUCAAAAGUGUCAUUGCCAAGCAAGGCGGUCUUGUGGACCUAGUGUGGGAUGGCCAACUGAAACGGAUGAAACCAAAGAAGGAAUGGAAAGAAAAGCAACAGGAAGAGUUUACCAAACGGUUGAAGGGAGAAUGACCAACAUGAAAAAAAUGGGAGGCAUGACUAAACAGGUGGUGAUGUGAUGUGAUGCGGUGCGCCAUGGUUUUGUAGAAGAGUAGAAAUAUCUAGGUUCGAACAAGCAACAAAGUUUUGACGCUCUAGUCUGCGUGAAAACGUAAUAACUCGCAUAACACCUUACAGCCAAAAUCUGUAUCUUACAACUGCAGAAGAUAAACGUUGUUUCGAUACAUAAAAUUUAAACUUGUAAUAAUUAAUUACUCCAAGUGUGGGGGAUAAUGCAUUAUACUCUGUUACUAUGCAUUUCCAUCUUUAUGCAAUGCACAUUUUUAUGAUGAUGAUCCUUAAAUAUCAGAUUUUUUGGAGAACUUCCAUGAGUUUACCGGAAAAUCAAAUAGUUUCAUUAAUAAUGCAUCAGCAACAUUCAUUGAAAUUCUUGAUUGACUCUACAAUUGAGAGCUUAUUUCCAAAGAAACAUAAUUUAUUUCUGGGAAAUUUAUUUUUCCAUGCGUUAGUUUCUGUUGCAACAAUCCCAGGGAAUAAUGAGUUCCUCUAGUUGAAAAUAUUGAGCUGUGUUAAAAACAUUCAGAUACAUAAUUAAAAUCGAGAAAACAUUUGUAUGGCUUGAAUAAUUUAUUCAAACAGUUCACAAAACAAGAAAUAGAAACAACAUAUUCAACUAAAUAAGACUGAAAAUAUUUGAUUAAGAACAAUGCUGAGUUUGGGUGAACAAGGAAUAAAUUGUGGUAAUCGGUCAAAAAAGAUGCAUUACAAUUGUUGCGCGGGAAGUUUCAGUCCAUUGAUUGUAUUGUAUUGAUUUCGUCUCAAUUUUGAUUUCAUUUAUUGGUUCUGUUUGACGUUUUUGAUUUAAACCCAACAUUUUUGCUAGUAAUAUUCUAGACGUUCAUAUUGACCCUCGCGUUCAUUUAGUGUUGACUGGAAAACAUAAAGACAUGUCAAUUGCCAUGCAAAUGGACAAUCACGGUAAAGGUACAGAUAUUUGUUUUUAUUUGUGCGCACAAGUAGAAUCGAGAGAAUCAAUAUUAUUACCUAAUCAGUCUAACUUGCAUGUAAAUAAUUUUUUGUGUUGAUCACCAUAUGUUAGUGUAUUUAUUCGCAGUAUGUUAUGGGUCUACGAAAGCAUUGUUUUUUUAGAAUGAGAUAACAUUUACCUUCCUCGUUUGGUUAGGCAGCUUUAUAUUAUAAUAAAUAAGUAACAAAUUUGACAUAGACACCGAAACCAUUCAAGAAGAUAACACAAGCUCUUCAGUACUCCGAGAAAAAAAAUGAACCAUUAUCUAUGAUAUUCAUAUUUCUGAAGAAGCUGUCGGCAUGGAAUAAAAACUAAGAUUAUUUGUUAAACAUUGUAUCCAUUAAUUGACAUCACACGAAAAAAAAUCCAUCAUUCAACGUAUCGUCGUGAGUUAUUGAUGAUUUAA